AUGCUGCUGGAGGAUCAGGAUUUUAAUUUUUUUCUGCAACUUUUCCACAACAUCAUGCCACACGUGGACAUCCUCUAUGCCAAACUCCAGAAGAAGGACAUAGAUUCAGUCCACAUUAAGGGGAGCAUCCAGCAGUUCCAGCAGGACAUACAGAAGAUCAGAAAUUCUCUCCAUUCUCUGGUUAACCAAAGCAGUGAAGGAGCUUCUCAACCAAAGAGGCGGCGGUUGCUUAGUCCAGACGUCCAUGAACGGAUUGCAACAGAGGUCUGUGACACCAUACUCCAACACACCAUGGAACGGUUCUGCUUCACAAGCCACCUCGUUAGUGCCACCCUGCUGCAAGCAGACAGGUUUGAACAGUACACAGUGGCGUUUCCUGAAGAUGCACUGAGUAGGACUUUGAAGGCCUAUCCAGUGCUCAAUGGGAGUAAGCUAAAGACAGAGCUUAGUCUCAUCUACUGCAAGGAAGAGUUCAGAACCUGUUGUGGUGCUGUGGACCUACUGCAGCUGUUUAAGGAGAACAAUCUUGAAGAAGUCUUUUCAGAGACUGUCACUCUCCUAAAGAUCCUCAUCACCACACCCAUGACCACAGCAGAGGCUGAGAGGUGUUUCUCAACUUUGAAAAGAGUUAAGACUUUUCUGAGAAAUAGCAUGACCCAGGAGAGACUAAAUGCAUUGGCCAUGCUGUCAAUGGAGAAGAGAAUGGUGACUGAGAUCAUUGACUUUAACCAGAAGGUCAUUGAGAAAUUUGCAAGUCAGAAAGAAAGGAGAGCAAAAUUUAUUUUCAAAUAGUGUUAAUGGCCAAUGAUUAGGUAACUAUAGUGUGUUUUUUUUUUUGAAUGAUUACCUUGAUUACUUCAUCACUGAUAAUAAACCCACAUUCAAUUCAAAUUCACUGAUUCAUAGUACAUUUAUUUGCAUGUAUUAACAUUGACUGUAAUAAUGAUACAUCACCUGAUUAAUGGCUAUUUAUAGUCCUGCAUUACUGACAGUUGUUGUUUGCGCCCCCCCAAAUAUUUUUAGCACCAGCCUCCACUGCAUAUGGAGAUGAAAAAUGAGCAUGUUUUCUUCGCUGACUGACCUCAAGAGUGUUACACAGCAAUUCUCCAUGGGAGAAAAUGUACUUGUUUAAUAAAAAAACAGUGUUAUUCAAUGCACUGAAAUCUUUUUGCUGAUGUCAAAAUGUAUGGCUAUGUAUAAACUUGACUGUUGCAAACAUUUUGAGACACAUUGGGACAAAUUUAGCACCUUUGUGGCAACACCUUGUUAAUUUUAUGUGACUGUAAAUCGCAGAGACCCAAAGUAGUGCUAAAUAUGUCUUCGCGGGUAACUCCAGAACCAGAAUGAAACCAAACCUCUUGUGCUUUGUGAAAUGGUUUUACAUGAAUCUAUAGCUUUCAUAUGCUUUGCCUUCUAAAAUGUUCUUACAAUAAAUAGACAAAUUUGCCAUCAUAUCGGAACAUAGACAUGUCUACAGUUUGGCCGAAUAACCCAGUACAUUUUUAACAGUGUCCCGUAGUGUCAAAUUCAACUGUUUAUUGUGAACUUGAAUGUUAACUAAAAAUGCAGUAUACUUGUUGAACACUAGGAAGAUUUGAGGUCACAUGCCAAAUGUAAUCAAUUUACUUUGAGUGCGUUAUAUACUGAAAUCCUCAACAUCUGGCAACUUAAAGGAAUGGGUUACCCUAAACUGAAAAUUCUGUCCUUAUUUUCUCACCCUCAAGUUGUUCCAAAUCUGUAUAAAUUUCUUUGUUCUGGUGAACACAGAG